UGUGUGCAAAGUUUUCUUCCACGUCUCACGUGACAUGAGGCAGAAGCUCAAACACAUUACACAAUAAUCAAAAUAUGCCUCUGGCAAAGCCGAGCCAAAAAAAAUAACUGAAGCUGCUGCAAGGAACCGAGAGUGCAAAUGAAAGGCGCCCACUUUUUGCAAACUUCAAGGGAGACGUUCAAACCCUUCAUUUAAAGGAAGCCCUUUGCAACAAGACCUCGGAAACCUAUGAAACUGAACAACAAUGUCCUGCAAAGCAACAUCUGUUUAAGAUUCAGCAGAUUUCCUUCUGGAUGUCAGGUUCUUCUUGAAGAAAUUUGUGCCCGUAUUACCACCAUGAUCUUCCUGGUUCUGUUUGUCUGGAUUGCGCCCUGCAUAGCUAACCAGCUUCUCAGUAGCUUUGUAAAAGCAGAAAUUCAGAAAGGUUCCAAACAACUCAUCUGCAGCGUGCCGGGACCACAAGGCCCUCCAGGCACUCCUGGAACUCCAGGUGCCCCUGGGAACGUAGGAAGGAUGGGUUUCCCGGGCAAAGAUGGACAAGAUGGGAAGGAUGGCGAGAAAGGCGAGAGUGGCGAGGAAGGUCCACAAGGCAGAACAGGAAAUCCAGGAAAAGUUGGGGCUAAAGGAAAAGCUGGAGCCUUCGGCAAAGCUGGUCCCCGUGGUCCAAAGGGCCUGAAGGGAAACCCCGGGAAAAGUGGAGGGCCAGGAAAGAAAGGCCCCAGAGGAGGAGAGGGAGACCCUGGGAUGCCAGGGCCCUGCAGCUGUGGAGCCAAUAAAGCCAGAUCGGCCUUCUCUGCCGCAGUGACCAAAAGCUACCCGAGAGAGAGGCUUCCCAUUAAAUUUGACAGGGUCCUCAUGAAUGAAGGUGGGAAUUACAACACCUCGAGCGGGAAAUUUAUAUGCAGCAUCCCAGGCAUCUACUACUUCACCUACGAUAUCACUUUGGCCAAUAAACACUUGGCUAUUGGACUGGUGCACAACGGGCAAUACAGGAUAAAGACGUUUGAUGCCAACACUGGAAACCACGAUGUCGCCUCCGGGUCGACAAUCCUUUCCCUGAAGAAGGAGGAUGAGGUCUGGCUGCAGAUAUUCUACUCAGAACAGAACGGGCUCUUUUAUGAUCCCUACUGGACAGACAGCCUUUUUACCGGCUUCCUGAUAUUCGCUGACCAGGAUGAUCUCAACAAAAUAUAAGGGGAGACUGCUGACACCAACCACCCCUAGCAGCAAACGGAGCAUGACAGAUUAUAGCUGUAAUGUACGUGCAUCUUGAGCCCGAUCUCUGCCGAAGCAGAUCUAGCCUGGACUGUGUCCCAAAGCCACCGCUACGAUAUUUAUAGAUAGUCUAAGCCUUUGUGUUCCUUUGUCUCAAGCCUCUUAAAGGAGAAUUAUUGCUAAU